AUGGACUUCAAGCUCGACGGAAAGCUGGUGCUUGUAACAGGCUCCACACUGGGCAUUGGCAAAGCGCUUGCGGCGAAGUUUGUGGAGCUGGGCGCGCACGUCAUCAUCAACGGCAGGUCCGAAGCCAACGUCACCAAAGCCAUUCAAGAGCUGUCCGGCCUGAGCGAAACGGCGACGCUCUACCCGGCCGUGUGCGACUUCAGUUCGAAGGAGGGAGUGGACCACCUUCUCAAGGUUCUGGACGAGGAGAUCAAGGCCCCGCUGGAUGUGGUCGUCAACAACCUUGGUAUCUUUGAGUCCAAGAAGUUCGAGGACAUCACUGACGACGAGUGGUUCAACUACUUCAACGUCAACGUCAUGUCUGGCGUGCGGCUGAGCCGUGCGCUUCUACCGCGCAUGCUGGAGCGCAACUCGGGGAACAUCGUGUUUGUGGCAUCCGAGGCCGCCAUCGCGGUAAAGCCGUUCAUGAUCCACUACAGCAUGACCAAGACCGCCCAGCUCGCCGUCUCCCGCGGCCUUGCCGAGCUCACCAAGGGCACCAACGUACGCGUCAACACCGUGCUCCCCGGACCUACUUGGACCGAAGGCGUUGCCACCUACGUCGAGGGAAUGGCUGCUCAGCAAGGCCUGACGCCGGAAGAGAUGAGAGCCAACUACAUCAAGGAAGUGGAGCCCACCUCGCUGCUCCAACGCUUCAUCGAGCCGGAGGAGAUCGCCAACGUCGUCGCCUUUGUCGCUUCCGAGGCGUCGGGCUGCAUCAACGGCUCCUCCGUCAGAGCGGAAGGUGGCAUCCUGCGCAGCAUCGUCUGA